CACAUGAUCAGCUGAUGACUGCUUCCCCUCUGAUGGAUGCAGGAUUUCCAGCCUUCGCCGCUUCGACGGGCUCACAGCAAUCCAUUUCUCUCCAAAAUACGACAAUCCGGCGGAAAAUAACAAAACAGUAGCUUUAGGUUCAUUCGAGGAGGAACCUUUAGAUAGCAAAUCUGGCGCUGCUGUUGGAGUUGAUGAUGAACGGGCACGCGAUUUUAUACACCGGGGUCACUUUGGCCUUCUGGGCGACUCUGCUGAUCGUCGGUAUUUGCUAUACAAUUUUUGACCUUGGAUUUCGAUUUGAUGUAGCAUGGUUUUUAACAGAGACUUCUCCAUUUAUGUGGGCUAAUCUUGGAAUUGGCCUGGCCAUUUCUCUGUCUGUUGUUGGAGCUGCAUGGGGGAUUUACAUCACUGGGUCCAGCAUCAUUGGUGGUGGAGUUAAAGCUCCAAGAAUCAAGACCAAAAAUCUUGUCAGUAUUAUCUUUUGUGAAGCUGUUGCCAUUUAUGGGAUCAUCAUGGCAAUUGUCAUUAGCAAUUUGGCAGAGAACUUCAGUGGCACGACUCCAGAGACUAUUGGGUCAAAGAACUACCAAGCGGGCUACUCCAUGUUCGGUGCGGGACUCACGGUUGGCUUUUCAAACCUCUUCUGUGGCAUCUGUGUUGGCAUUGUGGGCAGUGGAGCUGCCCUGGCGGAUGCUCAGAAUGCCAAUCUCUUUGUCAGGAUUCUUAUUGUUGAAAUUUUCGGCAGUGCCAUUGGACUGUUUGGAGUGAUCGUAGCCAUCUUGCAGACAUCGAAAGUAAAAAUGGGAAAUUAGACGACUACACAACCUACAGAUCAAAGAUGCUGUGUUGCUGGUGCAAACCGGAGGUGUAAAUACAUAGUAAAUUAUUUAAAUGUAUUUUCCUUUGUGUCUGUUUUUAACCAUCAUUUUCUGAAGAUUGAAAUAUUGUAUGUGCACCAAUUUGUCUUAAACGAGUGCAUGAUGGCGUUUGUUCACUUAGGUUGACAUCUCUCAGUUCUGUAAAAUGAAAAUAUCACUUAAUGUUUUUGCCCAUACGAUCUCAUUACGUAGAAUCCAUCAUGAGGAUUGUUCUGUUUGAAAACGAGAGGUAUUAUAUUUAAUAAAAUAGCUUAAUAAUAUAAACAAUGAUCUUGCAUAUGGUGAGAGAACCAACUUGUCAGUAAGCCAGAUGUUGAGGUCCGUUUUGACAUAAAUAGGGUGUUAUGUUUGUAAUCAUCUCAAAUUCCAAUAUAUAGUUGGCUGUUAUUGUUCUGUACAGUACAAGAAAAGUGAUUUCAAUUGCAUUGGUGUGGUUCUUUGCAUUGGAUGGCUGUAAAUCGUGAAGUAUUCUCUUGGUCGCCGUAUGCAAGGAUAUUCUUGUGUUUGCGUGUUGAGCUGAUCUGAUCUCACUCUCAUGUGUUGUGUUCCUUUCACGUAGCUGCUGUAUUUAAGCAAAUUUUCUUUUAGUAAAAAAGUUCUACCAAAAUAAUAAUGGUAAAAAUGAAUCUCCAAACUUAUUUCUGCCAGCGUAGAUCCUCAAUUUGUAGAUCUCUUCAGUUCUGGUUGGUUAAAGAUUAAAGGAUAUAUUAAUCUGAUGUGUGUACAUAUUAAAAAGAAAUCUGCUGUUUUGUGAAGCAUGAGGUUGUUUGCCAUUCCGUAUUUUCCUAGUUGUCUUGUGAUUUCUUUUUGUUUGUUUGUUUAAAUUUUUGUAUUCUUUUUCUUUCUUUCUUGAAACAAGAAGUGGUCUUUAUCCCCCGGGUUACUGUAUGAUGUCUCAGCUUUAUGAACAAUAUGUACUAUUCUCUUUUUACUCUUUGUGGUGCGUCGGUUAAUUCUGAAUAUGCUGUAAUGACAUCAAAACUUUAAAAACUAAUUCACAAUUGGUUCCUUUAACCAUUUUCUAUUUUAAAAGCUUUAAUGUUAAUUUAAUAUAAAUAAAUAAAAGUGAUGUGUGUAGUUUUACAUUAUAAAACCACCGAGAAACUCUGUUUUAAAUGCUCAAGUUGCAUUUAAUACAGACCUUAUUUAAUUUAUAAAUUACAAAUAUAUAAAGCAGGGGUGCCCAAACUCUGUCCUGGAGGGCCGGUGUCUUGCAUAGUUUUGCUCCAACUUUCUUCGGCAAACCUGUUUGGGAGUUGAUUAGCUGUUACUGGUGUGUUUAAUUGGGGUUUGAACUAAAAUAUGCUCAGCGGCCCUCCUGGACAGAGUUUGAGCACCCCUGAUAUAAAGGAAAAUCUCAAAGGAACCAGCAGUAAAUUAGGCUGGUCAGUUUUGAAGUCAUCAGUUUUCAGUUUUUCAGUUUUCGUGUUUGCAAGUUUAAAUAAGGCUGUAUGGUUCUUUCUCAACUUCAAAAAUAAUAUAAACACAAGUUUAAUAACUUUUAGAAAGACAUUGGCAAUUUUUGCAGUGGCUGAAAUGCUUAACAGUACAGCCCACAGCCUAUUUUUCAUUCAUGUACAAUUAAAUGUUUUUCCUUCGCUGAAGUCUGUAGGUUAUCUAGCAAACCUAACAGUGCUCAGUUUGAACCACUGGUUAUGAUGACUAUGAUCAAACUCGCAAGAUCAGCUGACUUUUUCUUAGGUCAACUGAAAUUCUUUUUUAUUUCUAAUUCUGAUGUGUUUGUGAAGUGGAGAUACAUACUAAACAUGACUUUACUAACCACUGAAUGUCCGAAAUCAACUGUUAAAUGUCUGUCUCUAAGUUAUAAUGAUCAGUCAACUUACAAACCCAAUAUGUAAAGCAUUUUAGUCUUGUGAAUCAUUUUCAGAUGGUCCGUUAGUCUUGCACUGGGUCUGUGGAGUGAAUUACUAUACAUUUUUUUUUUAUUUCUUUAUGUGCAUAAGUGUUUCUUUUAAACAUUCCAACUUGGACCUGGUUGUAAUGAUGGAUCACACCGAGAGGCUACUUUAAGUCUCAUUAUUCCGGGAGCCGUGUGGUAAAGAUGACCUUGUAAUCAUUUCUUGUUUCAGUGAUUGUUGAAUAUGUUAAUGUGGUGAUUCCAUUGUUUUGAUGUGUACAAGUGGAUCCUCUAGACUUCAAAUAAUUGUCCUUGGAGAAAUUAAAAGUAAUGUGAAAGUU